AUGGACGUAGAUACUACUACUGCCACUACUACACCACUCGACAUUGUUGUUGUUGAUGAUGUAAAUGCCACCGCUACUACUUCACUAGAUUCACUCAAAACAUCUACAAGCACAUUACCACCUAGGAAGAGAGCCAAGACUCAAGAAGAGAAGGAACAACGCAAGAUUGAACGUAUUCUUAGAAAUAGAAGAGCAGCUCAUGCUUCAAGAGAAAAGAAGAGGAGACAUGUUGAAUACCUUGAAGUUUAUGUGGUGAAGUUGGAGGAAAAUUUACACAAGAUUGCCACUGGCUAUCAACAAUUGUUGGAGAAAUUGCCAACUGAAGAAGACCAAGUUUCCAUUGAAGAUUUAGGAUUGGAAAACUUGUCUGAGUUGAAGAGUCAAAUUCACUCGAACUUGAAUGGUUCAAGAAGAGGUGGAAAUAACAGCAGUCGAAAGGGCAGCCAAGUGGAAGAAGAAGAAGAAGAAGAUCAUGACGAAGAUGAUGUAGAAGGAGAACUGGAUCAAUCACAUGAACACGAUUCUACCCCUGUUGUUGAAGUGAAGGUGGAAAAGUUACCACAAUCACCACCUUCAAAAAAGAGGAAAUACUCGCCUCAAAUGGAAACAACUACUACCACCCCACCAACUUCAACUAGAAGUUCGUCUAUCACUUCUUCGCCUGCCCAUGCCAAGUUGGAAGCUGGUGAAGAAGAAGAAGAAGAAGAACAACAACAACAACAACAGGAUUGUAACAAUAAGAACUACACGCACUCACUACAACCACCUCAAGCGAUGAAUGAGAAAACUUUUUACAACUAUUUGUCACCAAUCAGUUUACAUUCAUCAGCUAGUUCACCUAUGGAUUUUACAUUGAAUAGUAAAUCUGAUUUCAAUGAUUUCACCUUUGAAGAAGUUAAACAACAACUACAACAACAAACACAAGAACAAGAAUCAAUGGGAAACUUUUCACAAAAUACGCUCAAGGAUGUACCAACACAGUCACAACCAUCAUCAUCAACUGAAGUCAGCACUCAAGAAUCAAACUUGUCAAUUUACGAACUGGGGCAAAAUUCAGCAGUAAUUUUGUCAAUUGAAGAAGAAAAGCAACAACCUCAACACACAUUGGUGGAAAUUUUGGAAAAGGAGAAUAAAAUACGUCUGGCCGUUUCUGUAUGA